AAGUUUUGAAUUGUCCCGGACCCGGUGUGUAUCUAUAGUUGAGGAAGAUGAGGGAUAUGUCAAACUUGUCGCUAAAACUGUUGCUGGAUGUGAUCAAAUGUAUAAAUGUGUCAGACUUUUUCGCAGAACAGAAAAUAUCAUAGAAAUACAGGAGGGUUCCCCGACAAUCCAUGAAUCUUAUGCUUGUGAUAUUGUUAAUUUUGAUGAGAAAAGAACAAUAUAUACAACACUGUUCAGGGAGGAGCUAAACCACGUGAUUUGUCCUAUCAACGGUCUACACAACGUGACCGGUAUCUAUAUUCUAGGCAACACAGAGCAGUGCGAGGGCCAGGGAUUCAGCCAUUUAAACAUCAGAUGUGGAGACCAGGAGCACUUUAUUCAGUCUAGCAGUAGUCUUACUCUUCCUAUUCCAUACUUUUAUGGCUCUUUCUGUAGUGUUGUAUCAUUGGUUGAAGAAGAGGUGUAA